CGUAUGCCCCUCGAUCUGGAUUUCCUAGAGUUUAUCUGCACUCAAGAACUUGUUUUUUUAAAUGCCUUAUCUUGUCAGGUAGAUGUUCCCCCAAAUAUUUUGGAUGCGAUGGCUCAUUUGCACAGACUAAUUAAUGUACAAAAACAAAGUGAAGAACAACAAACAACUGUUGUGCAUUUUGAGCAAGGGCCAGCUGGGCGACAACGGAUGGUCAUAUCCUCAGACUACCUUUGUAGUCUUUUAGAACUCCAUCUCCCUGUCCCAUGCAUCGCCAAACUCUUGGGUAUAUCCAGACGGACUGUAUAUCGACGGAUGGCAGAGUCUGGUCUUUCAGUGAGGGCAUCAUACACCACCAUGUCAGAUGAUGACUUAGACCAAUGUGUGAGAGACAUUAAAUCCAGGCAGCCUCACUCUGGGUACCGAAUGGUAAAGGCCCUUCUGCAAGCCAGGGGACUGAGGGUGCAGUAUGAUAGAGUCAGAGCAUCCAUGCAUCGCGUAGACACCAUUGGAAUGGCAUCACGUAUGGUCCAGCUAGGAUGCAUAGCUCGACGGACAUACUCAGUUCCUGGCCCUCAGUCUUUGAUGCACAUUGAUACCAACCACAAAUUAAUACGGUACAACAUUGUUAUCUUUGGUGGCAUUGAUGGUUUUUCUCGAAAGAUAAUGUAUCUUUGUACAGCUCCCAACAACCUGGCAUCUACCACACUGGCUUUCUUUCAGGAUUCAGUGGAGAAGUUUGGUUUCCCACUCAGGGUACGUGCUGAUCAAGGGGUGGAAAAUGUGGACGUGGCACGACUUAUGUUUAUGAUUCGUGGAACAGGAAGAAGCAGUUUCAUAUCUGGGAAGAGUGUGCACAAUCAAAGGAUUGAGAGACUCUGGAGAGAUCUGUGGACAGCUGUAACGUCCAUCUAUUACGAUGUGCUACACUACCUUGAAGAAGAGGGAUACCUCCACAUUUCAAAUGAAACACACCUCUUCUGCUGCCAUUAUGUCUUCCUGCCACGUCUGCAGGAAGAUCUUGAUACUUUCCGCAGUGGCUGGGACAAUCAUCCACUUCGAACGGAAAGCAACAUGACUCCUAACCAGCUCUGGGUUCUUGGUCGAACACACCAUCCAAUUCCUGAACCCCCCAGUACCUUGACAGAGGUACAUUUUAAUUGGAUAAUUUAAUGUGAAGCAUGUAUACUAUCAUUCACUUAAUUUGUAACAUAGCAGUCUGCAAUCAUCAAGUAA